UGCUCAAAGUGUUAGUUUCCCAUGUAGAUGUGUCAUUCUUGUCUGUCGUGUUGAGACCCUGUGACUUCUUUUCUAUUGAAUAGUCAUUGACAAAAAAAAAAAUAUUGAAAAUAACGGUUAUUUAUUCGCCUUGACAUAUUCUCGGUCAUCUGUGAUGCUGUGUAAAUUUAUAGAAAUUUCAUGAAAUUGUAGGGUAGUUAAGAGAUUAAUCCAUGUCUCAAAACGUUUUAUUUUGUGAAUGUUUUUAUGCUUAUUUUAAUGUUAUGCUUAUUUUGCUUUUUUAAUGUUCAAUUAUCUUGGAUUAAUCACUAGAUGUGUCAGAGGUCUGCAGAAUCUUCACAUUUGGGGAGGUUGAUGACAAUCUUUUUAAAAUGCCAAGGGUUUGAAGGUAAUCCUUUCUCUCCUUUUAGGUAAAUUAAACCAACAGAGCUAUAUAUAUGCCACAGCUAGGCAGAGGGAUGGAUAUCUCGUUGAGAAAAAUGGGUAGCUGAUCAUUCGUCAGGAUUGGCUUUUAUUCCAAAACCGUCAUUGUGGUGAUAAAAAAGUAAUCCAGGUCUUUGAAUUUCAAAACUAUUAUCUACUUAAAAUGUACUAUUUCUAUUUUUUAUACUACUAUCUACUAUCUACUUUUUAGUCUACAAGGUUCUCUUGCAUUGCUUUUGAAGUGGUUACUUAUUCCACUUUAAAUGUCUUUGUUAGUGUUUUUAAUUUUUAUCUUUUGUGAAUGAGAGACGUGAAAGCUUGAUAUGGAAAAGCAUCUACCUCUUUUUCAAUUUCUUUUGAUUCAAAUGUCUUAAGAACAAGCACAUUUCUCAAUGUGUUUCUUACAAACCUGUUGUUUCAUAAUUGUUGAAGUCAUGAGGAGCAGACAAGAAUGAGAUAGUUCAGAAUUUUUUUUUCCCGAUGUUUCAACCUUUAUUCCGGUCAUUGUCAGGGCAUAAAAUGAGGUGCUAUCCUUGUGAGACACUUUAUGUGCUGAAGAUGACCUAAAUGAAGGUUGAAACGUGGUAAAAAAAAUUGAAACUACCUCAUUCUUAACCACUCCUCACAACUAAAACAAUUACAUUUCUCAAUUUUGUUAACGAGCUGUCCACUUUUGAAUUGUAAUAGUAAUUAACAAAUAAAUGCCUGUUGCAUUUCUAUUAAUAUUUUAUUUAAUUUCUUUGGUAUCUUAUGACUAAAUUAAUCAGGGCUCUUUCAUAUUUUGCUCUGAAUUAAAAAGGAAAAAUGAAUCCAGAUAUAAAAUUUAAAGUAUUUUAUAGCAAUUUUUGGUUAAAGAAUUAGGGGGGGGGGAGGAAAGUUUCUUAGUACAUAAUCAAAACAGAAAAUCAAAUGUUGUUUAAACAGAAAUAUUUGCAUUCGCCAUAAAAAUUUCCCCUUCCAGAUUCAAAAAGUUAACAUGUUUGCCCAAGUGUUCGAUUGUAGAACAGUGGAUAAAUUUUUUUUAAACUGUGUUGAAAGUCAAAGUUGAGACAAGGGAAAAUGAGGUUUUUCAUAGUGUUAGCUUUUUUUAUUAAUUGUACUUUUAGAAUUGUUCAUUGCCGGCCGGGAGUACAUGGAUUGCUCGAUUAUAGCACAGAUGCGUCAAAGAAAGUAGUUGAUGUCAGUUCUCAUGCUGUGAUAGGAGCCUUAGGAUUGGGAAAUAAGGUUGUACAAUUUGGAAGUGAGCUUGCUUCUAAGAGCCUUGAAGGAACCGCAAAUCUGUCAAAUAGUCUAAUUGAUCUAAGUACAUGGAUCAAAACCAAAACAAUAACCACUAAGGCUUCUGUGUUCAAAUAUUUAUUAGGCAAAUUGGCACGUGCAGCCGAGGUUUUUGAACCUAGCCUACCAGUGAUUUCUUCAGUUAUUAAACUGAUAGCUGUUUUGGGAGAGUUAAUGGUUCGUGGAAUAGAAAAUGCUGGGCUGACUGGUGUAAAGAUAGAAGACUUUGUUUCUAAAGCCAAUGUAGCUGUUCUACAUACAAUAGGCGAAGUGAACAUAAAGGCAGCCGGAGGUGUAGCCGCUUUAGCUACUUUAAAGGGGCAACUUCUUACGACUGGAGUAGCAGCAUUUACGAAAACCAUGUUUGACACAUUGGCAAAAUGGAUGUACAAGGGGCUUUCUUAUUUUGUUACUCCACCUCAAACUGAUUUACCAACGUAUCAUAAUUCUGGGUGGUAUACCAACUUUAAGAGAAAUUCUGCUAAUUCAACUUACAAUGGUGCACCUUAUUUUAUUAAUACUAUUACCAGAUUUUUGAACACUAUAUAAAGUAAAAUGUCAAUGUUACCAUAUUUUGGUUUUAUUUCAUUAAAAUAAAACCAUUUCAAUUUUUUAAUAUUGCUCAGUAUAUAUGUACAAAAUAAAAGCUGUUAACAAAUCCCAUUACCUAUAAAUUGAAGCCAAUAAUUUAAAUAGUAGCGUUUAUCAUUAAAAUAAAACUAUUUUUUUAAUUAUUAAUAAAAAUAAUAUAUAGUUCAAAUUAUUAACUUGUUAUUAUAUAAAGGAUGAUAUAGUAGAAACUGUAAUCUACAGGGAGUAUAAUAUUAUUCUAUAAGACUGUUUUAUUAUAAAAAUUCUUAUAAUUAAAAAGUCACAUUAAUGUGCUGAUUUCUUUAAUGGCUUUGUGCUUUGCUAAGCUUACAAAUGAAAGAUAUGCUUUUAAUUGUUUAAAUUAAGUUAAAUGCCAAUUGUAAUUGUGAAAAACUUUUGUCAUAUCAAUUGGAAAGAAAACAAUAUCAUUUCCAAAUGACAAAUAUUUUUCUAGUGUUGUUAAUAAACUAUAGAAUAAGCAAAAUAAUAAAAUACAGUGUUCUAGUUCAUAACUGUUUUAUUUUUAACCUUUUAAAACUCAGCCUCUGUUUUAAUGCUAGAUGGUAGCAACUGUGUCACUAAAAUGCCCUUUUUUCUCUCGUUCCAAAUCAUAUUGUACAAAUAUUGUUUGGGCAUCUACGUAAUCGUCUCUAAAAACAUGAAAGAGUUUUAUUUGAUCAGUUGUGUAAAGUUGGAUUUUUUUUCCUAUGAAAAAAGGAAGCGAUUUUCAAGGGUCAGUCCACUUCCAAGAUGAAACUAUUGAUGAUCAUUUUUAUGGCCUGUUUGAGUCACUCUAAAUCCCAAGAAUCCACUGAACAUUCACCACCAAAUCCAAAUGCAUCUAGUAUACCAAUUGUAGAGGAGGAUGAGCCGAGAGAAAGUACAGUGACCACUAGUAAUGAGAAACUCAAUGACUCUACACAUCUUGAAUCUCCACAUAAUGUUGAGGGUAGGCUAUUCACACCUGAGUUUUAAAAAAAUGCAUUUUCAAUUAUAUGUUUGCUCCAGAUAAUAUUUUGCAUUCAAAUAAAGAAAUGAGCCCAAUUAUUGGAAAUGAUCCAUUGAAAAUAAUUCCAGAACAAUCUGUCGGAACCAACCAAACAGAAAAGGAUGCAGCGAAUUCAUUAAGCAGUGUGGAUUAUUGGGGACUUACAAAAAGUAAAUUGCAGUGUGCAUGGAACAAACUAAUGCAAAUCAGCAGCCGCACUGUACAAAGUGCGAAGAAAGCCGUGUAUUAUAUAGGAAACAAAUUCAAACAACUAAUAGAUUACAUGAAUCAAGGUCAGGAAAUAGUAGAAUCAUUACAAGAAGCUACGGAAAUGGCAGGUGAGGCUACAAAAAACUCUGAAAGCCAAUCUCUUCAAAUUAUAAACAGUUUUGUUGCACUGUUGAAGCAAAUUCUUAAAAUUCUUAAAACACUUUUGAAAACGGACCCAAUAGAAAUAGCAAAGGAACGAGAAAGCUUAGCAGAAUAGAAUAAUAGAAAUAAAAAUAGAAUAGUUAGAUUGUAUUAAAUUAUAUUUAUUGGUAGAAUCUUAAAACACAGUUGUAAAUAACAAUAAAUAAAUGAAUAUUACUUUAGUAUUGUAUUGUUCACCUAAACAUUU